UGGUACUUCACUGCGUACUCUCAAUGCCGAAGUUCGUUUCGCCGUGUUUAUCUUUCAUUACAAAUGCGAUCAUUGGAGAAGCUCGUAUUUAUAAAGAGCCGGGUCAGACCGCCAUCGCUCAUUGGGACGGUGAUCACUCGAAAGAAUGAACUGUCUGCUAGUCACACUCGCCCUUGGCUGCGUCGCGGCUGACGUUUCGCACGUCAUUGCCAAUGCCAAUGCCAAUGCCAAUCGAGACGCCAAGAUAAUCAGACAGGAACUGGACGUGAAUCCGGACGGCGCCUACCACUGGACGUACGAAACGGAAAACGGCAUAGUAGCCGACGAAACUGGCGGCUUGAAGAAUCCUCAGGAUGAGAACCCGAUACCGAGCGUCCAGGGCAGGGUCAGCUGGACCGCGCCCGACGGUCAACUCGUCGAGAUCCAGUACGUAGCCGACGAGAACGGUUACCAGCCGCAGGGAUCCUUCAUUCCCACGCCCCCUCCGAUACCCGAAGCCAUCGUGAGAGCGCUCCAAUACAUCCAGGAUCACCCUCCUCCGGCCACGCAGAAGAAUUAAUAGGACCACACAGGGGGCCACCUCCCCACUCCACCAGCUCCUUCAUCAGUGGGAUACAAACAAACAGGGGGACCGUCAUUUUUGCAGUCAGAUCCUAACCUGUCCAAUGGCGUACAGCUUCGAUGACAGCGCAUCUUAACAUAUUUUUUUUUAUAUCCGUAUCUCUAGCAAACAACAAAGCCAGAGAUUCAUAUUUACAUUUUUUGUUUUAAUUUUAAUUAUAGUUGAUACUCCUGCCCAUAAGGGGCUUAAAAACUAGGUCACGCAUUCAUUCCGAGCCUCUUUAUCAUACCAGUUCACGCAUUUAUUCCUCUCGUACUUUCAUUCAUUCCAUUGAUACUUUGCAUUCCUAGCUACGGCUAAUAAAAGGAGGGGACUCCAGAUACCAACUCCUCAACCGGGCCGGGAGCUGACCAGGGAACUCCUCGCCCAUCAGCGGCAAAGACGAGAAAUGUUAUAUACGAAUUCAAGACCACAAUUCACGAUGACGUCAUAUGUCGCCGCGCGUUUUGACCUCAAAUGACGUCACGAGUGCCGGAGCCACUACCGAUUCAUUGUCACGAGGCGACUCUGUACUAACAUACGACCGACCACACAUACUAAUAGAUUUUUUGUAUAUGUUAAGUUACAAUAAUUAUAUAGUAAAAUAAAUUUUUAUAAAUUUGAAAUAUUUUGUAUUGAAUUUUAUUGUAAAAAAAGCGCGGGGUGCUUUUCAGGAUAUUAUCAAAAUAACCCUUCUACUCAUAUCUGUUCAUAAAAUAUUUAUAACUACUGAUACUAUGCACCCCACGCUUUUUUUACAGUAAAAUCAUUUUUUCUUACACUAUUUUAAUUCAAAUUAAUUAAAAUUUAUUUUAAAUUUUUUUGGUGGAUUUUCUAUAAAAGCGUAUUUUGUUAGUUUUCUUAAACAAUUUUAUAUUUUUAAUUUUUUAGUUGAAAUUCAACUUUUUCAAUUUUUUUUUAAUGUUCAAUUGUCAUCAGUCCUUAGUAAGUACCUAUAUCAAAUUUCGAGUUAAUCCGACAUUUUGAAAUGGGUCAAAAUCAUGUUGAAAGAUUCCGUUACAUACUAAGAUACACGUCUGAAGCUAAUAAAAGCGUAUUAAAAA